ACUCAUCUCUUAUUUCGGAAGAAAUAGCACUUUGUGCCUGGAUCUGGAUAUUUACUGAUAAUUCUGAACAAGCCAGAGACUGCAAAAUAUCUUUUGUAGAAGAUACGUCUUGGUCAUUAAUGAUGAUUUGA